UGGGUCAAGGUCCACCUCUGCAGGGAGCAAUGUUUAGAGCUCCCGUUUCCAAUCUCACCAUUCCCUCCCUUUGUCCCGUGACGUGGCUACUCCCAGCAGGAAGGGGAUGGUCAUAGGAAACCAUCCAGCGCUGCCUUCCCAGCUCUUCCCUCUGCAGUUCCCAACCCUGAGAGCAUGGCUUGGAAGGAAGAGGGCACAAGCCCACCCUCGUGUUUCAUCCAGCGCCUGGACCACCUUGUGCUGACCGUGAAGAGCAUUGAGGACACUGUGGCCUUCUAUUCCAAAGUCCUGGGCAUGGAGGUGGUGACGUUCAAGGGGAAUCGCAAAGCUUUGCGCUUUGGCCAGCAGAAGUUCAACCUGCACCAGGCUGGGCAGGAGUUCGAGCCCAAGGCUCGGCACCCUGUGCCCGGCUCUGCGGAUUUUUGCCUGAUCACAGCAGUGCCCCUGGAGCAGCUGCUGGAGCAUCUGAAGACCUGUGGGGUGGCCAUUGAAGAAGGUCCCGUGGCCAGAACUGGUGCUGUGGGUCCAAUAACCUCCAUCUACUUCCGAGACCCCGACGAGAACCUGGUUGAGGUUUCCAGGUACUGCACGGAUGAGGCUGCAGGCCCUGAGGGGGAGCCCUGA